AUGAUCGCCUUCGAGGUGGGCACUGAAUAUGCGGAUGAAAUACAAAUAACGGAUGACGUCGAAGACGAAGACGAAGAAUUGAUGGUCGACGACGACGACGAAAACGUCGAAUGCGCCGAAUUGGUGGGUUUUUUGAAAAAUUGUAGGGAAUAAUUUGUUUGAAGGCUGAUUUCUAAACGCACUGACAAAAUAGUUUGUAAUUUUGCAUUUUUAAUUCUUAAUUGGCUUGAUGAUGAUCUCAUGUACAUAGUUCAACAGAAUGACGUCAUUGAUAACUGAGAAAAUUCAGAACCAGGGUAAAAAAUAAAAAUUCUUUUAUCACAUCCGGAUAAUGACGUCAUUGUUUUCAAAACGGGACGCUUAGAAACGGCUAAAAUUCCGAUAUGACGUGAAAAAAGUUAUUAGAAAAAUAUUCAUAAUUUCAAAGUUCGAGACUGAAAAUAGAAGAGUUAAACUGCGCACACACAAUGAAUGACGUCACGAAGUUUUUGAAGGGACGUCAUAGUUUCAGGAAGACAGCGACACGACGUCUGAUUCUGACGUUUGCUCGUCGCCGACGCCGCCGCUGUCCGACAGCAGCCAAUCACCGUCGCUUCACCAGAUCGAUAGCCCUUCUUCUAGGGUAAAACCUACCGUAUCCUUCCUGGACCUUACCAUUUUCUUUUCAAGACCGACUCGAACAACUCCGUCGAGGCUCCAUCUUCAUCGUCGAAUCCAGUGGAGAAACGGCAUAUUUGCAAUACCUGCGGAAAGGUCUACUAUUUUCAAUACUGGUUAUUUUGGAUCCAGUGUUCAAGGUUCUACAGAAGAAUCAGGGCAUGCUUAAACAGCGAGUUGAAAACUUGCCUACUCGCUGUUUGAGCAUGCCCUGAUUCUUCUGUAAUACCUUGAACUAGAACCUUGAACUAGAACCUUGAACUCGAUUAAAUAAUAUGCACAAACAUUUUUGUUUUUUUUUUAGGGUUAUGCAUACCUCUCGAUCCUGGAAUCCCACAAACGGACACACACCGGCGAAAAACCGUUCAACUGUCAUUUUUGUCCGAAGACGUUUGCCCAGAAAGCCACGCUGCAAGUUCACGAGAGGACACACACUGGAGAGAGGCCGUUAGUUUUUUAAACUGAUCAGAAGGAUGGAAAAAAUUUUAAAGCACUCUUUUUCGAAAAAAAAAGGAUGAGUUCUUCGAGGCUAUUGAAGAAUGAAAAACCAUUAUAAACGAUCAAAUGAACACUCGUAUAGUUCAUAAGUGUUUUGGUUGAAACAUUUGGAUCAGCAGAUUAUUAAGAACAACAUCAAAAAAAGCUGCCGCGGUCGGGAAAAAUGAAUUUAAAAAAUGAGUCGCUAUUUGGAAGGUCGCCGCUCUUUUCUCUAUUUUUCAAAAUUUAACUUUGUCGGAGCGAGUAGGCAAGUUUUUUGUACGUUUCAUUUCAUCCAUUUCAAAUGUUCAUUCGCCAUUCCGCAAUCUGCACGACAACACAAAAAAAAACAUCAAAACAAUCAAAUAAAUCUAAAAGCUGAUGUGUGGAAACGGCAACUCUUGUACAACUCUUUCUCUGGAAUUAAGUUACGGCAUAGCUGUUUGAAAUCUGUGCGAAGUUUCAAGUCAUUUGAGCCACUUUCAGAGAAGUUAUGCUCGAAUAACCACUUUGAAAUACCUUUAUGGACAGUACUGUAUAAGAAAAAAAUAUUCGAAUUUUUUUCGGAAAAAGUUGCUACCUAUAAAAUUUGAGAAAAAGGUAACAGCUAAUUUUUCUGAAAAAAAUAAUUUUAAAUAUAUCUCGAAAACUUGGCAAUUCUCUUCUAUAAGUAGACUCUUUAGGUAGGGACCGCAGACGAAUUUUUAAAAAUUUUUUUUCAGCAUUCAGCUUCGUAUGGUUUGAUAGCUGUUUUGAUUCAAAACUCAGAAACGUUUAGUUUUUCGAAAAAGAUUAAGAAUGAAAAAAGUUAUGACGAAAAAUGUGGCGCGCCGCGCACCAUUUUUUUAGUACUGAAAUUUUGGUAUUAUAUAUUUUUGACAUUUUUCUUAAUUUUUCUUCUAGAACAAAUUUUUAUACUGGCCUAUUAUGAUGUAAACAAUAAUAAUAGAGUGCUAAAAUAAUAAAAAUUUGCUAGUUUGCCGAGAAAGUCGGUAUUUUCCAAAAAACAAAAAACUGACGCUUGCGGGCAUCGAACUCGCGACCUCAAAAAGACAAUGCGCAGCGCACGCGCUGCGCCAAGUUGUUAGGUUUAGCAAGGGGAGCUUCCAUCGCGGAUACCCUUGAGCCGUUUGGAUAGCACAGAUUGCCUAUUUCAAAAAUAAAAGUUUGAAGUAAUUUAGCUAUUUUCAUCAGAAUGUGUUCGCAAAUCUUUACUCAAACUUUCCGUGGAAAUUCACUUCGAAAAAACUGUUUUUUAGUGCUUUUUGCCUCGUUUAACGAUCGCUGCAUUAAAACGGCCCCGUAAAUUUUUGGCAAAGACGAAUUUUUUAUUUUAUUGUCUUAAAAUUACCGUUACUUGAAGCAAAAUCAUUAUUCAAAAAAAGAAAAAGUGCGUUCGACCUGAAAACACAUGAAAAAGCAAAAAAUGACAAGCUUUUUCAGUUGCAUUCACGUUUUUGUACGACAUUCCGCGAGAACGCAUCAAAAAAGCGUGAAAUAUUUUUUAAACGAAAGAGGAAGCUUUUCUGUGCAUGUGUGUCAAAAUUUAUUAUCCAGUUCCACAUAUUUUGCAACUACAACAAAAUGAAAGUUGAAAACCAAAAAAAAAGCCACUUUUUCUAUCGCGAAAAGGGGCGUGGCUUUGCGGUCCCUAUCUUUAGGAGGCUUUUACUAGAAAAAAAGUGCACAUAUCAAAAUUUUAAAAAUUUUUAAACUUGGUAAAAAAAGCGAGCACUCUGUGUAAAAGGUUGAUUUUCAGCUACAAAUGCCGACACUGCGAUAAGACCUUUGCGCAGUACGGGACUAAGACAGUCCACGAGAAGAGCGCCCAUCUGGGAAUCCGCAACUACAAAUGUCCGAUUUGCGGGAAGUUCCUUUCGUCUCCAUCGGCCCUCUAUACCCACAAGAAGACCCACGGAGAUAAGACAUUCAUCGUGAGUUCGCGAAAUCCGAAUUCAUCCAGAUAUAUGUAUACAAACCCCUCUUUAUUCAACGCUUGAGACAUUAUUUUUCUUGAAGCUCCAGUUUUUCAUUGAUCGGAAUUCUCGAAAAUUUUCUUUUUUCAGUGUCAGUUCUGCCCAAAGACUUUCGCCCUGAAGAAUUAUCUGAAACUGCACGUCAAGCAGGUCCACGAGCAGAACGAGCGAAAACAUAUCUGUCGUUUCUGCGACAAAGCUUUCGCCUAUGCUGGAAGUUUGCAGGUUGGUAGACCAGAAGUUAUAAGCUUAUCAGCUUGAAUCUUCAGGUCCAUGUCCGGUCUCACACCGGCGAGAAACCUUACAAGUGCAAGUACUGCGUCAAGUCGUUCGCCAGCCAAGGCAACCUGCAAUCGCACGAGCGAACCCACACCGGAGAACGACCUUACGUCUGUCGUCUCUGUCAGAAGCCCUUCAUCCAGAAGUCUCAGCUGACCGCCCACGAAGCGACGCAUUCACAGCUGCACACGCCUCCUGCCACGCCGCCAGAAAAUCAAGUUUCGGUCGUGGUGCCGAUGGCACUUCCGGCGCCGAUCGCUCAGAAUCAGCCUUCUGAAGCGGCGGUCCAGGCCGAAGACCAUCAAUGCAAGUUCUGCGGCGUUCGAUGUUCAUUCCCUAGCAGCCUCUGCGUUCAUCAACGUCGUCACACCGGAGAGCGGCCCUACAAGUCAGCAAUCAUUCAUUUCCUUCGGAAACCGUUGUUCUUUUCCAGGUGCCAGUACUGCGACAAGACAUUCACCAACCAAGGCAACAUGCAAGCCCAUCAUCGGGUUCAUACCGGCGAGAAGCCGUACGUCUGCACCGGCUGCGGAAAAGGCUACGUCCAGAAAGUCGGGCUCAACAUCCACAUCGAGCAGUGCGGACUCUACCAGCAACAGCAGCAGCCUCACAUCGAGGAACCUAAUUUCAUCUAUCAUCGUAAGAACUUCAGAGAAAAACGGUAUCUUCAAGAGAAUUUUCAGCUGAGCCUUGCUUGCCCAAGUCCUUGUUCCAAUUGAAGCCGUUGGAGCCGCUCCAGCCUCCGCCUCAGGCUUUCGUUACGCAAUUUGGAGCUCUGCCAGGGACGCCGGUUAUUCCAAAUUUUGCGCCUAUGGAGGUCAGUUUCCAGCAAAAUAUCUUUCGAACUCUCUUUGGGAUCAGUUGCGAAAUCGAUUUUCAACAAUGUAUUUGAGUUGGGAAAUUUUCCCGAGGCAAAAAUUAACGCGAAAAGUUGGAUUUUUGAAGAAUUUUAUUAAAUCGUCUUUUCAAUUUUUAAACUUUUUCAAAAAUUCCCCACUUUUCAGAUCAACCACCACACCGACUUCAGCAAGGUGGAGCCGCUCUCGUCGGCUUUCCAGCCGCCGGCCAAGUCGGACUCCCUCCUGACCUCGCAACUGCUCGACGUCCUCCUCCAGCAGCAACAGCAGCAGAUGUUGUCGACGACGACGCAGCUGCUGCUCCAACAGCUCCAAGGCAACGACGCUCUGAGCUGUCUCCUGUCGCAGAACCUCCUGACGGGAGCCCUGGCCGUUCCGCCGCCGCCUCCUCCUCAACAAACCAACUUUCUCUCGUUCCUGCCGCUUUUAGGCGCCCCUCAGCCCCAGCUGACUAUCGGGUCUUCUGGCGAGCCGAUGAUUGUUUAA